AUGUGUUUCGGGGCUCGAAAACAGGACGACGGCAGCGCCGCUCGUUCGCGGGAUCUCGACCGUCUGAUCCGCCAGGAUGAAAAGAGACUAUCAAAAGAGGUCAAGCUUUUGCUGCUGGGUGCUGGAGAGUCUGGAAAGUCUACCGUGCUGAAGCAGAUGAAAUUGAUCUACGCCCAAGGUUUCAGCAAGAAUGAAAAGCUCGAAUGGAAGCCUGUCGUCUUCAAUAAUAUUAAGCACAUGGCGCACAUCUUGGUGGAACACGAGAUCAUCGCCCAAGACCCCCUCCCGCGCGAUUAUCUGCAACCUAUAAAGGAGCUCUGGGUCGAUGGAGGUGUCAAGCAAGCUAUUGCCAAGGGCAAUGAGUUUGCUCUCCACGACAAUCUGGCAUACUUUUGCGACGAUUUGGACCGAAUCUGGGACCAGAACUAUGUACCGACAGACCAGGAUUUGUUGCGUUCGAGGUUGCGAACGACUGGUAUUACCGAGACGGUCUUCGACCUGGGCCAACUGACGUACCGCAUGUUCGACGUUGGUGGUCAGCGCUCCGAACGGAAGAAGUGGAUUCACUGCUUCGAAAACGUCAACUGUUUGCUUUUCCUCGUCGCGAUUAGCGGCUACGACCAGUGUUUGGUCGAAGACAAGGAUGGCAACCAAAUGAACGAAGCACUCAUGCUGUGGGAGUCGAUCGCCAACUCUCACUGGUUUACGAAGUCUGCGCUUAUCCUCUUCCUCAACAAGAUGGACUUAUUCAAGGAAAAACUACCCAACAACCCCAUCACAUCACACGGCUUCACUGAUUACCAUGGUCCCGCCGACGAUUGGAAAUCUGCCAGCAAAUACUUUUUGGACAAGUUCCGCGCAUUGAACCGAAAUACCGAGAAGGAAAUCUACGGGCAUUUUACGAAUGCGACGGACACGAACCUGCUUAAGAUCACCAUGGGCUCAGUCCAGGAUAUGAUCAUCCAACGCAACCUGAAGCAGCUGAUACUAUAA